AUGUAUGACGAAGGGAUCAAAUGGACACCUCCGGACGCCCGCAGUCUUCCCCCUCACUUCAUCCCACCCCUCCGUCAGGCAUCAGCCAUCCUCGCCCGUCAAUCCCAGCAUGUGACCCUCGUCGUCCUCCGCCGGGACUACCAGAUAAUGCCGCAGGAACAGGUCUCCAAGUCUCCAUUAUCAAUACUGGAGAGGCUGACGCGGCCCAGGUCGACGACCAAGCCCAGGGACGCCGGCACAUACGGCAUCCGCCUCAUGCACCUCACGGGUCUACAGCCCAUCGAGUCUGAAAGGCUUCAUGACGCCCUCAUCAAAGUCCAACGUGAGCACGACAUGUCGUGA